GUGUGUGUGUGUGAGAGAGAGAGAGGGAGAAUUAUAAAUAGGAUUCUUUUCUUUACAGUAACUCAAAUUUCAUAAUGUAACUUAAGGGUAAAUUAACGUGCACAUACACACAUUUACUUCUAUUCCUUACUGAAAACUAAUAUGUCCUUCAAAUUGUUUACAUCUGCGUCUGUAUUUUAGUGAAAAGCGUGAAUGUGUUUUAUUUGCCUCGCUUCCAUGUUUGAUGCGUCGUGACGUCACUCGGGUCCAGCACAGCAACAAAGGAGAAUGCGGAGCUGCGUGCGGAAGCCAAAUCCCGUUAAACGGCACUUCUUUCGCCUUACGAGACCGACAUAACACGUAAACAUGUAACAGUUGUGCGUAUUUAUAUGGAUAAAUGAAGUGGCGCAGGUUUCGUUGGUGGAAGCGGGGUGAGAGAGAGAAUGUACUGGGUCGCUGGUUUCGCCUUCUCCCGGUCGUUCGUGGUUGAUCUUGGCCGGAAUCAGAGCCCGUCCAUCGGGUUGUGUGGCUCUGAUGAGCGUCACUUAUUUUAUGGGUACAUAGUUGCCGUCCCUGAUCAGGAUUUCUGUGGAAUCAUGUCGGGAUUGGUGUCGGAUUCCUGGUGGAGGAAGACGCUGUACAUCAGCGGAGGUGCCCUACUGGCUGCGGCUGCGUAUCUGCUGCACGAGCUGCUCUCCAUCAGGAAAGAGCAACAGUUGGAUUCUAAAGAUGCCAUCAUCCUUCACCAGUUCUCCAGGCCAAAAAAUGGGGUGCCAAGCCUGUCACCUUUCUGCCUGAAAAUGGAGACCUAUCUGCGCAUGGUUGAUCUGCCCUAUCAAAAUUACUUUGAUGGAAGUCUCUCUUCUGAAGGCAAGAUGCCUUGGGUUGAGUAUAAUUACGAGCAGGUGUGUGGAACUGAAUUUAUAAUUGACUUUCUGGAGGAGAAACUUGGUAUGAGUCUGAACAAGAGUCUGAGCGCUCAGGAGCAGUCAGUAGCUCGUGCCAUCACCACCAUGGUGGAGGAACACUUGUACUGGACCAUUGCAUACUGUCAGUGGGUGGAUAAUGUUCAAGAGACUCAAAGGAUGCUGGACCUUCCCGGGCCCUUCAGUGACCUGCUGAAGUGGAUCCUGUGUCAGCUGACUGGCGGCAUUGUAAAGAGGGAGAUGUACUGUCACGGCAUUGGCUGCUUUACUAAGGAAGAAGUUUACACCCUCAUGGAGAAGGACAUGCGCACACUGGCCACACUGUUAGGGGAUAAGAAGUACAUCAUGGGUCCCAAGCUGUCCAGUGUGGAUGCCACAGUGUUCGGUCACCUUGCACAAGCCAUGUGGACACUACCUGGCACACGGCCCGAGCAGCUCAUUAAAGGAGAACUGAUCAACCUCGCCAUGUACUGUGAGCGCAUACGGAGGAAGUUCUGGCCCGAGUGGUUUGUGGACUUAGAGGACUUCUGUUACGACAGCGACAAUGACACCAGCAGCGGGACGCCCAGCUGCAUGCUGGACCUUGGUCUAUUUUCCAGGACAGACACUUUAGAGGAAAGCGAUCUUAGCCUCCUUUCACACAGUAAUACACACUCGCAAGACUCUGACCACUCCGGACGCUCGCUCUCAGACUCUGACAUUGAAGCAGAUGGCUCGGAUGUGGAGCAGCAGGUCAAGGGUCAAGUCAAAUAAAGGUUGCUUUUCAUCUGGUGUAACAGCAUUUUGCGAUGUGUAGUGGCUCCAAAACUCAUAUUGAUAUGUUUUCACACUCUGAUGAACCUGAAUUAAAAACAAAAUGUGUGUACACAACGUUUACACCACAACGUUUAAGAUUUACACCACAGAAGUUGGAUGCAUGUUAAAGAUCAUUCCUUCUGCCUUCUCUCUCAGAACUGUUUCUAUGUCCACAGUUUCAGUAUGAUUUCUAAAAAGUUUUCAUUUCAAGGAAACAUACGUUUCGUGAUUUUUUCAGUCCAAUCAAUACUUCUAAUAACUCUCAAAUUUUAAUCAAACAUUUGCUCCGGAACACAAUCCUGUAGCUAAAAACUAGCUUGUAUGAUUCUAGGAUGUUUGUGCGAAGGUGACAAUUUACCUUAUUUUUUUUUUUUUGACAGACUGAUUUCCUUUGUGCCAUCUUGAAAUCUGUGUGAAUUCCUCCCUCCUGUUAAAACCUAAUAACUCCUGCUCCCAGGUCAGGUCAAGUACAUAAAAUACAAAUGAAGAUGGAUGAAAGGAUUUACGAAGCAUGUAAUCCCUUGUUUUACACACACACAAAAAAAUAACAAAAUGAGAAUCCAGUCCUCUUGUAUAUUUAGGCUAAUACAAUAUAACUGAAUCCCUUUCUGUCAAUUUGAUUUGUUAGGGCUCCAGUGUGUGUCAUCAGUGUCAGACUCUUGAUCAGUCUGAACGGUGCUUAAUGCCUGUGUGCCAGACUGCAACCAUUUAUGCAUGUGUGACAGCCUUUCCUCUUCAUUCAUCCAUCCCUGUGUCUCUUUCUGUUCGAUUCUGUAAUACAGACCUGUUUGCGUGUCACCACCAGAGAGCACUGUGACCAUUCACAUGUUGAGUUGGUCCUAUGCAGCCACUUGUAUUGGCAUUGCGAGUGUCCCUCGCUUCAAGCUUCUGCCUUAAAAUAAUGUUUUAAAUUUUAAUAACAACAGUGAACCUCUAGUGAACACGAAACGGUCAACUUUAAUUGCUUAGGAGUCUGAUUAUACAUUUCUUUUAAUCCAUGUGUAUCAAAUCAUAGUGUGUUUAUUCCUGAGCAGAUUUGCCUUAGUUGAGGGAAAAUUGUUGUGAUUAAUAGCCGCAUGAUGAGUUUACCCUCUUUCUGUUGAAUUUACUUGAAACCCUAGCCUAUACUGUUAUGCAGAAUUCUCUAGUUUACUUUCCAUAUUGUUGUUUUGCACAUUUUAGAUUACUUUGGAUAAUGUAAAGAUAUGGAUUGAAACAUUAGAGUGAUUAAAGCAGGGUCCAUACAAUCAGUGAGAUAUGCUAUAUGUGUGUGUGUAUGAUAUACUGUAGUUAUCUGCAAUACAUCAUUUAUCUGCAUGUGUUUGUGUGUGCGUCUAUAUGUGUAAGCUGGUGUAAAGUUCAUCAGUGGAAAUCUUCUAACAAAUAUUUAUUCCCUGUAUAGAAUUGAGUUUAAAGUCUCUUAUACAUUUUGUGUUAAUAUUUAAUUUGCUAUUUAUUUUUGGGUAAAUAGUAAAAAAAAUGACUUUAGGUCAGACCUAAAAAUUGUAUUUUCUAUCCAUUAUAAAUAAUAUUUGCAGUAAAACUCACAUUCAAAUACAUGCAUUAAGCAAAAAAAGUCAUUUUAUUGUUUGUGGAAACAAAAUGAUGGUUUUAUAUAUAUGAUUCCUAAUCUGAAUACGCUAUAAAAUACUGUGCAUAACUGA